ACCCCGACGUGAUACUCUCAAUCAGCAAGGUGUCGUGGUUCCUUGUGUCAGCCCGUAUAACACCCCAGUGAACCCGGUCCCAAAACCGGAUGGCACAUGGCGCCUCACUCAAGAUCUACGUAAAAUAAAUGAACUCAUCGUUCCCGUGGCUCCAGUGGUCCCUGACGUUCCUUCUCUUAUGUCUUCUAUUCCGUGUGACCAUGCUUAUUUCUCUGUGAUUGAUUUGUGCUCUGCCUUUUUCAGUGUUCCUGUGGGCCAUGAGACUCAGCCCCUGUUUGCUUUCACACACAGGGGAAGACAAUACACAUGGACGCGGUUGCCACAGGGUUUCAUUGACUCACCGGCGGUCUUCACUGCCGUAUUGCGGGACGCGCUGGCUGAUCUCUGUCUUCCCCGGGGCUCCACGGUGCUCCAGUACGCGGAUGAUCUCCUGGUAACGGCGGAGGAUCAAGACGCUUGUGCUGCCGCCACAUUGUCUCUCCUCACACUCCUGGCACAGAAGGGUUUCAAGGUCUCCCGCACGAAGUUGCAGUUUUGCCUCACAACUGUUCGCUACUUGGGACAUGACCUCUCCCAGGGUUCCAGGAGGCUUAGCCCAGAACGCGUUCAAGUCAUUAUGGACACUCAGGCUGCGGAGCUCUAUGCUUUGACUCGCGCGUGUAUUUUGGCUCAAGACACAGACGUUACUAUUUACACCGACUCACGCUACGCUUUCGGCGUGGCGCACGACUUCGGCCGCAUUUGGGCGUCUCGGGGGUUUACGACAGCCGACGGUAAGCCCAUUUCUCAUUCUUCACUUGUUACUGAUUUAAUCACCGCCUGUCUCCUUCCGUGCACGUUGGCCAUUGUUAAGACACGCGCGCACACAAGAGGGGACUCAUUUGAAGUAAAGGGCAAUUCAUUCGCUGAUCGACUCGCUAAAGCUGCAGCCGCAUCCGGUGUCCUGCCUCCAGGCUUUAAUUGCGCUUUAGUUUCUACUGAUCGCAUGGUUAGCGCUGUCUUACCUGACAUAGAUCUCAUUUCUAUCCAGGCCUCGGCCUCUGUGGCAGAUACGCAGUUCUGGGACGCCCAGGGCGCGACAGAGAAGAGUGGCGUUUUGCUUGACGCACAGGGCCGUCUUUGUUUACCUCGUCACUGUACUCCCUUUCUCGUCCGCGAGUUCCAUGGUCCCACUCAUCGCGGCCGAAGAGGGGUAGUGGAGGAUAUGAACAGAACAUUCUGCAUCAAUAAUUUGCACACAGACGCACACAACAUUCUGGACAAGUGUUUAACGUGCGCCCAGAAUAAUCUAUCUAAACCAGGCGCGGUACAUCAGCACCUUCCCAUACCCGACACGCCUUUCCAAGAAUGGCAGAUCGACUUCACUCACAUGCCAAAGCAGGGCCCGUUCAAAUACCUUUUGGUCAUGAUUGACAAAUUUUCAUGGUGGAUUGAGGCUUUCCCGUGUAGCAAAGAGAACGCCCGAACAGCAGUGAACAAACUUACACAGGAAAUUAUCCCACGUUACGGUCUUCCGGUAGGAAUUGACUCUGAUAAGGGAACGCCGUUCACCUCUAAGGUAACGCAGGAGCUAUGUAAAGACCUCAAGAUCAAUUGGCAUUUUCAUAUCCCAUACCAUCCACAGUCCUCUGGCAUUGUGGAGCGCGCGAAUAGAACAAUUAAGGGUAAGUUGCGUAAGGCUAUGCAAGACGCAGGCACGAAAAAUUGGGUCCAAGUUUUACCGUUGGUCCUCGCUGAUAUGCGCAUGACUGCUCAGGUCGCUCUCGACAAUUUAUCUCCGUACGAGCUCGUCAUGGGACGCCCCUUUCCUGUCCCUUGGCGUAGAGGCAUGCAGGUUAUAGGAACGGGUGAUCUUGAAGUACAUCUCAGCGAGUACGCGGUGGGUCUCAUGCGGGUGCUGGAUGAGUAUUGGGCAAGAGUAAAUUCCAAAAAGCCUCCCAUUCCAGAGGCACACACUCACCCCUUUGAGGUAGGGGACAGAGUUUUAGUAAAGAGAUUCGCUAAACUAAACGCUCCCAUGGAGGAGUCACCCUACAGUGGGCCCACCGAUGUACUCACUGUAACUCGCACGGCUGUGCUAACGGACCUUUUUCCACAGUGGAUCCAUGCCAGCAAAAUAAAGAAGGCUCCAAUGUAAUAGAAAUCUAUAUUGUUGAUGCUUAACAGACUUUUGUGUUUCAGAAA